AUGAGUCUCAGACGAUACACGAAGGGUGUGGACGGGACAAUACCCGUUCAGGCCUUACUCUAUGAGGAUGAGGAGUUGUUGGCCUCUCAAGACGGCAUCGGGAUAUACGAUGGCACCGAUAAAUCAGCCCCUCAUCAAUCUGGCAUAGCGUACGCGACUACCCACCGCCUGUUCUACGUCGAUGCGAUGCAUCCUGAUGCACGCUCGUUCGAGAUGGAUCUCUCGCACGUCGCUCGGACGGAGUACUACGCAGGCCUCUUCACCAGCUCGCCCAAAGUAACAUUGUAUCUGCACCCCAUCGAGACUCCUCCAUCCCCAGUUGAUGGACCAUCAGGCGGCCUGGCAGCAUCUGAAGACCCAGCAUUCCUGUCUUGGACGUGCGACGUAUGCAACUACCGCAAUCCACCAGGUCUUAGCCCUGCUGCGUCUCGUAUAUGCGCCCUAUGUGGCGUCCCGCGCUCAGCGACAUCGUCGUCGACAGAUGGCGAAACGACUUCGUCCGCCGCAUACCAGCUUUCCUCCUCCCUCCCCUCUUCCUCCGGCAACUUCUCCCGCGUCACCACUUCUUCUUCAUCCUCACCCAGGCCAGCGAGUCCACCACCUCAAGGCCCCAAUGAUGAGAUUGCGUGCCCCAUAUGUACCUUCCUGAACCACCCUGCCCUCACGAUGUGCGAGAUGUGCGGCACGCCGCUGCCCAAGCGGGUAGCCCCUCCUCGCGCCUCGCAGCAAAUCCAUGCAAAGUCAGCGCCUGCAUCCCGCCCGACGUCGCCGUUGCCGGACAAGGAUGGUCCCGACUCGAGGAUGAUCAGGCUCAGUUUCCGUAAGGGCGGCGAUAAGACGUUUUAUGCUGUACUUCGACGGAGUCUACUUGGUAAAGGCUGGGAGUUGAAGAGUACCAAGGCUGCGGCGAGCUCGCAUGCACGAAACAAGUCCGCUCCUGGCCAGACAUCCGGCCUUUCUGGCAUUAAUGGCAUCCUGCGCAACGUAGAGACCACCGCUGCGACCUCCCAGACCGACAUGGAGGAUGCACUGAAGGACUUCGAAGCGCUCACAGUCAAGUGGAGAGAUAUGGUCAAGCUCGCGCAAGACCUCAACGAGCGGCUCACCGCCGCGCCAUCGACGUCCACCACCGCCUCUGCCCUCCCGUCCUUCACCACCCCCUCCGGCGCUGCACCAACUAGCGCGAACGCGGAGGUGCUUACGACACAGGCCGUAGAGCCCGAGGAAGCGACGUUCAUCCGCUCGUCGCUCGCGCAGCUCGGGUUGCAGAUGGCGAACGCUCCGGUUACGCUCGACAUGAUCCGCGACGAGCGGCGGUGGAUCGAGGAGCUUGCGAGAGAGCUCGCGGGUGUACUGCAGGGCGGUGGGGGUAAGGAGAAACGCGAGGGGAUCAUGCGUCAGCGCGGCAUCGUGGGGCUCGACGAGGUUUGGGGUGGGUGGAAUCGCGCGAGAGGUGUCGCUCUCAUUCCCCCGUCAACUUUCCUCCAAGUCAUCCCACAACUCCCUCAACAUACAGAUCCGCCAAUACACAUGCGGACCUUCACUGCAUCCGGGCUUUCCGUCGUGCACACACCGCCAUAUACCAAGGCGGCAUUCACUGCUCGCCUCGUCGGGCUUCUCUCGCUUGCCGGUCCCCAGACUACCGUCCAGGUUGCGCGGGAAGAGGCCCUUCCUAUCGGGCUCACCCAGGAAAUGGUGAACGAAGUCGAGGACGAGGGGGAGAUCUGCCGAGACGAGGGUGGCUCGGGCCUGAACGUCACGGCCGGACUUUCGGGGAGCGGUUGGGCGAGUUCAGGCGGUGGCGAGGUGAGGCUCUGGGUGAACAUAUUCCAAGGAUACGUGUGGGACGGACAGAAGCCAUGA